AUGACGAAAUAUAUUUCAGUAAACAAGUACAUGUCAGGACUUAAAGAAGAACUAGACCCAUUCACAUAUUUGAAUGUUUACUUCUACCAUUUUGAAAAGUCUUCAUUCAGCAAAGUUUGGAACAUCGAACCAGUUAAGUUUGCUAUUGUGACUAAAAAUGGUGCGAAAUUUGAAGACUUAGAGAUAGAAGGUUUGUUAGCAGUCAAAGAAAGUUUUGACAGAAGGUUCUCAAACCUUAAAGAAGGCAAAGCAUACAAACUUGUUAUACCUUAUGAACCAAAGAAAGCAGACGACUAUGAAUAUUAUGAGUCUAAGAUAGUUGAAGUUCAAGGUAAAUUGGGUAAAAAGAUUUUAGAGUCUAA